CCUCCACGUCGCUGUGCAGCACGGGGACGAAGUAGCAGUUCACAUGCUUCUGCAGCACGGCGCAGAUGUCAACGCCCAGUGUUCGGGCUUGUGCGACUGUCUUUAUCCAGAUAUCGGCCAAGAGGACGACCCCAACCUGUCCGUCAACCCGACACAACUCCGGCCAUUCUGGACGCCGCUGCACGUGGCUAUCUGCUCUGGUCACGAGCAGAUCGCGGAAGUGCUCAUGUCGAACGGCGCAACGGAACGCGUCGGCACCCUUGUUCGCCAACCAUCCCCUCUGCAACGGAAUGGGCGUCUUGACAUGACGGCCAUUCAGAGCGCAGCUUGGCUUGGUUCUGUCAAGAUGUGCAAGCUUUUUCUUGCCAAGCCGGCCACGCCCAGAAGCCAAUUCUGCAAUCAUUAUCUAACCGACCGCCAUGACCGAACUGCCUUACUGUAUGCCGCAGCAUCCGGCCAUAUUCAAACGAUCGGGAAGCUCCUGUUGUCUCAGGGCCAAACCAGCUACUUUCAAGGCUUGACUCCGGAUCAUGAGGAUCAGCCCCCGAGAGUGCUCAUUUCCGACCCUUUACGACUCCUGUGCAUGCAGUACAGGUAUGAUGAUGCUCGCUGGCUACUGAAUUACUGCCGGCCACUGAACAAUUACACAAUCGGGAGCCCUGUGCUGCACUACACGAGGUACUUAGCCGCCCUCUGUUUCUUACGGCCACGCUCCGGAUGCAACCUACCCUCCCUCCGCGACCAGCAGGAUCGGCUUUUUCGUCUAACCCCACAAGACCUCAGCCGUCAGGUGCGCGAAGCGAUUAUGUUGCAAGAGAUCAAGGGGUCUGAACCACAUAGGCUCUCACUAGCUAAGAGGCUCUUGGACCUGGGAGCGGACCCCAACCGGGCCGAAGUCACCAUGAACUCUACAAUGCCCAUCUUCACAGACAGGCACACGCAGCUCAGAUUUACACGUACCCCUCUUCAGCUCGCUGCAAGUUGCGGCUUCGUCAAGAUGGUGAAGCUUCUUAUCACCCGCGGGGCAGAGCCUGACUUAGUAAUCGGUGAACGGAGCGCUGAGCUGCGAGAGCUGCCGCUGAUGCUAGCUGUCAAGCAAGCUCUGCUCCCAGGGGGCAAUAUCGAGACUGUUCAAGAACUUCUCAAGGCUGGGGCUUCACUAGAGGACCGUUUCGGUGAAUCGGUCCUACGUACUCUCUACGAAAUGAGACCGAGAAAAAGUCCCUAUGGCGUUCUCGGCGACGAUUUUCCUGACUGGGAGGCAUGGCUUCGCAUUGUGGACAUGUUUCUGAAUCACGGCGCUGCGGCAGAAACGAGCGAGUGGAACUGGAACUGCCUUUUGGUGAUAGGGUGUCUGCCAGGCAACUUGCGGUAUUGCGAGCUGCUUGAGAAGGCGCGGUCUGUCAACGAGCUUCCCCCGGCGACACUUGUCCGAAUGCUGCGAAUGGCACUACUUGAAAUGGCCAAGACCCGAAGUGCAUCAACUCAAGACGUGGAGCUGGUUCGCUGGGUGCUUCGGCGGUACCUGGAUACUGAAGAGCGUCUUCGCGUGCCGAAGGAUGUGUUGAGAGAAGUGCAACACCAAGCCCACCGCCAGCGUCUCAACCGGAUAACCGACGUGAUUGGUGAGUUUCUGACCCGAGCAGAAGCUCCAACCGUCAGUCGUUUGGAGAAAGAGAGACUUCUCGACAUAUUGGCCACAUAGAUCUGUCGAUGACCAGGGAGGAUCUUUAUGGGGAAUAUGGGCCAUUCUUGGUUGUGUGGAACAUGACAUUGGGAAAAUUGGGGGCAACUAGAUGGAUCUGGCUGAUAUUCUCAGUCAAAGAUCGACGCGCUGUCAGAUUUUGCUGUGUUUUGAGGAGGGGUUUCGUUUUACAUGGGCGUGCAGCGAGGCGUUCGGCUGGGGGGCGUGACUGGCUACGGUUGUGUCAUUUGCUGUAUGGACAUACUCGAGAGCUGA